UUUAGAUCUUCAAGGAAACAUCUGACUCAAAGUGAAAUCUAUUAUUUAUUGUCAGUGUCACCAGAUGUAUAUAGACUGUUAUUUUUAACAUAUUUGCAGUGCUACCAUUGGGAUGAGUGCAAGUACAGAAUACAUGAGAGGAUACAGAAUUCUUUCUCAGGGGAGUGGGUUCCACCCCAUGCAGUUUUUUUCAGGGGUCCAAUCAAUACACAGGAUUAACACUUGCCAUUUUGAAACUGGAAAUGCAUUAGAAUAUAUAAAUAUUGCUAGUAGUAGUGUAUUAUAUAUAUAUUUUCUACCAAGCUGAGACGUGGUGGGUCCAGACCUUUGGUCUCCCUCUAUAUGUGCACCUGAUACAACCUCUACCAAUGGAAGAAAGAUUUUGAACUGAAAAAAAACCCCACUUUAUAGUGUAAUGAAGAUUGCACUUAAGGAUAAAAAAUCUUCAUAUUUCAUGUAUAAUCAUCCUAAUGCAGCAUUUCAUACACUAGGGCAAAUUAGGACAAAAUAUUGUACAGAUUCAUAGUCUUUUUAACACACUGAUUAAAUACUUCAUUGAUUGAUGCACAGGCACUCGACGUUUUUAUAUCUAUAAUAAAAAAAAAAUUGUCUUCCUGUAAACAUAAUAUUCACAAGGUAUAUCACGCCGCCAUCUUGGUUUUCUUUUUUACCAGCUGCAUCACUUAAAAAUUCGGCAAAAAGUUAUGAUAAUUAGACCCCUACCGUUUAGAAGCAACUCUGUCAAGGUCUUGCCUCUCGCAUCGUCAUGGUGAACUGGAAAUAAAGUCCAUUUAUCGGCUAUAAUGAACCGUCAAACAUCGUCUACUGCUUCUCAAAUGCGAAAAAUUGUUAAAAGGUGGCCGGAAGUUGACAUACUUAUGCAAAUGAGAAUUCCCUUGCUAAGGCACUGAAUGCAGGGUAGUUACAGUCCUGCAAACAAUAAAACUCGGGCACAAUUGUGUGGUUUUGGGACAGGUUGGCACGGGAAAUUUAGUAAAUCUAUCACAUUACCAAAUAACAUUGGAAAUGUUCAUGACCCCCCCGCUUCGACUCCCACCCACAUUUUGUCACCCAUUUUAUCGACCAAUGAAAAAAAUGAAAAAAGGGCUAUCCCAAAAUUAUGUCAACGUACAUCCACCUUUCAGUGAUUUCUCACAUUUGAGAAGCAGUAGACAAUGUUUGAUGGUUGAUUUAUAUAUAGCCGAUAAAUGGACUUUAUUUCCAGUUCACCAUGACGAUGCGAGAGGUAAGACCUUGACAGAGUUGCUUCUAAACGGUAGGGGUCUAAUUAUCAUAUUAUAUCGAACUUUUCGACGAAAUUUUCAAGCAAUGCAGCUGGUAAAAAAGAAAACCAAGAUGGCAGCGUGAUAUACCUUGUUAAUAUUAUGUUUACAGGAAGACAAUUUUUUUAUAAUAGAUAUUUAAAACGUCGAGUGCCUGUGGAUUGAUGGCCUUGUCAAUAAAUUUACUUUUAAUUUUGCUACAUGUUAGACACCCCCAUCCCCUCCUCCCACAUGCACCCUUUUUAGGUCAUCUGAGUCACUCAUCAGACAUGUGACCUAUUACUAUUGGUCCGAGUUUGUUAUCUGUUGUGCGUUAACAAUUGAACAAUUUGAACUUUUUGAUAACUACCAUUCCAGUUUUUUUUUAUAUUUGGUAUGAACAUCAACAUAAAUGAGAGGGACCACCGACUUUUGAUGCCAUCCCUAUAUUUCUAUAGAAAGUAUCUCCUUGUGACUUCAGCACCCUCACUGGGAUGCAUAGAAAACAACUUCCGUUGUUAAUGACACAUAUGAAAACACUGUUGUUUGGUACAUCUCAAGGAAAAUACAGGUGCAGGAAUUUAGCAGUACCAGCUUGUCAAAGAAAUUAACACACUGUCAGAUUUUGGAAGUUGAAGUUUAUUGCCUUACCAAGCAGAAUAGUUCGUACAAUAUUUGAAUUGGGGUCAAUUUUGAAUCCCUUUUUUAUGUCUCUGCCACAAAGUGGUCGGGGCAUAUAGUUUUACCCUUGCCCAUCCUACAACACCCAGUUUUUCGGACUUUUUUCUUAAUGCCUUGAGAUAUUGAAUUGAUUUUUUGUAUGCAGUUGUAUAUUGAUGAGUUACGGAUCAAGUUUGAGAUUUGUUCUGGUUCAUUGAAUUUUGAUGGAGUUGUGCCCCUAUUCACAUAGAAAGAUUACAUCCUUCUGUCCUGCGACACCCAGUUUUUCUGACUUUUUUCUAAAUGCUUUGAGAUAUUGAAUUAAUUUUUUGUAGGCAGAUGUACAAAUGUAUAUUGAUGAGUUACAGAUUAAAUUUGAGUUUUCUUCCGGCUCAUUGAUUUUUUUAUGGAGUUGGGCCCCUUUAAAUUAGAAAAAUUAUAGUUGUUACAACUUGUUUUCCAGACUUUUUUUUCUAAACAUUUUUUUAAGAGGGGCCUCCAUGGCUGAGUGGUUAGAGCAUCGCGCUCAAAAUCACACAGCCUCUCACCUAUGUCUGCAUGGGUUUGAAUCUCGCUCACGCCAGUAAAUGAGAAAGUUUCUCAGUUUACUUUCGGAAGGUCGGUGGUCUCUUCCCAGGUACAUUGUAUCUGGGUUCUCUCUUCCACCAAUAAAACUGGGCGCCACCAGAUAACUGAAAAAUUGUUGAGUGUGACGGAAAACAUCAAUCAAUCAAUCUAAACAUUUUCAGAUAUUGAACUGAUUUUCUCUAUGCAGAUGUAUAUUGAUAAGUUACAGAUCGAGUUUUAGUUUUAUUUCAGUUUGUUGAGUUUUGAUAGAGUUGUGUUCCUUUAACAUAGAAAAAUCACUGUUGCGAUCAGUUUUCCGGACUUUUUUUUUCAAAAUGCUUUGAGAUAUUGAAUCUGGGUCCCACUUAUUUUCCCAAAGAAAUUUUGAUAAAAAUUCAAGGUGACUGGAAGGACUAGUUGUCAUUUCCUUGUAGUUUUUGUGACUGUCUUUGUAGUUUUUGUUGUGUAUUCAAAUGUGCUUGCAAGGAUGCAAUCUUACUACAGGUUGUUGUGAAGGGGAUGACACAUUUUAGGGAGCCCCUUUUUACUUAUGUAUUAUGCUGCCAUUUAAUUGAGGUUAUAGUGUUAGUCAUUUCUGUCUAUCCAAUUUAUUUUGCAUUUGUAUUGUUUCUGAAAAGAUUUACGGAGGUAUGCUACACCAGAGAAAUUUGAUGUAGAUGAAAAGUGGAGGAUAUGUACAACAAUAUUUUGAAGUUGAAAAUUUUCAAAUUUACUUCAUUUUGUCAAAAAAUACAGUUUUAGUAGAAGGUAAUCUGAAAAAAAUUUAAAACCCCUGUUGGACUCGAACCUGCGACCUACAGUUCAGCAGUCGGUAUUCUAACCUACUGUCAGCUACUCGGCUAGGUAUUUAAAUAGAAAAGGAAAAGUCAAAUAUUACUGAUAUCGAUUUUUUCAUCCAUUUUUCUAAAGGAAGUCAGCCAUUAUGACGAUGUAGAGUACUACCUUAAAUUCUAUAGAAGAUCAGUAUGAUACCUUCUUCAAACUUCAUACACCUUAUGAUUCUCUUGAUGAAAGGGUAAUGAUUAUACCCAAUAUUUCUGACCUUGGACAUAUCUGGACUUUGUUUUUAAUCUAUUUCUAAUUUAAGCUACAGAAGAUGCCUUCUGACAUCAAACUUUAUAACCCAGAUACAUUUAAAUAAGAGUUUGACAACUAUGCCUUAAUCAUCGAUUCUGACAUUACACAUGCUGUUGGAUGCCUUUAUCAAUUUUCAGACACAGAUUCAUUUUAUUACAGUGGCCUCCCAUGACCUUGACCUCACAUUUCUUGAUUUUACAUAAUGGUAGACAUUCAUGUCCUAUAGAAAUAUAUCUGGUUUAUUUAUCUAUUUUGGAAGCAGUGUUAAUUCUUAUUGACAGAAGGACUUAAUUAUUACAUUACUUGCAUUGCCUCCUAUUAUGACUUGGAGUUCUUCUAGCCAUGCAUGUACAUACAAUCAUGUGCAUUAAAUUUCAGAAAAUGUUGAAAAUGAUCAUAAGGAAAUCAAACAUUGAUAAAUGCCAGUAUAAUCACUCCCAGCAGACAUUGAUUUUAAACAUGAUGCUUUAAUAAAAUGCUCUAGGUGUUGUGAAGUAAAUAAUCUGUAGGAAUAAAUCUUGGACAAGUAGUUAGGGGGGUCUUAUCAUCAUAGAAUAGCUUAUACUCAAUGUGUGAUGAUCCUGACCUCUCACAAUUCAACUUCUGUCCUUCUUAUCAAGGUGUUAUCGGGCAAAGCUCUUUAUGUGUCAAAUAAAUACAUGUACUCUUAUUAUAAACAUUUUCCUUUUGUAAAGUUUUCAAAUAAUGAACUGAUUAAUGCAUCAAGUGUAAACUAGAUUUACUUUUAAAUUUCAUCACAGUAAUUAACUGCAGCACUGCAAUAUGUCAUGAUUGACACAGAAUCGCAAUCUAGCCUAAAUUUCAGUUGAAUAUUUUGGUAUCUAGGGUUUUUAAAAGUUUUGAUCACAUGUGCAGUGAUGGGAUCACAUAUACAAUGAUGGGAUAUUAUAAGGACUGAAAGCCAGGGUGUCUGGAUGAAGUUGCCAGCAUGUGUGAUACACCUAUACAAAUAUUGGAUAAAUGAUGUAUAUAUACAUUAUUAAGACUUAAAUUAUAAAUUAUAAUGUAAUGAAGAAAAUUGAUAAAAUUAAAGCCUUAAUUAAUCAUAUAGUUAUAGGAAAGACUGUGUAGAAUAACUUUUCUCCAUAUGAGAAUACACACACUGUGCACAUUUUGCUGCAUCAUUUGCCUGAGAUGGAAGAGCACUGAUUAAACUUGAUGAUGUUGGAGGAUGAUAUUUAAUGCAACAACAUUAUUCAGAAAGGUUGUGGGAGCUAUAAUUGUCUCAGCAAGGAGGCAAAGUUCUCAGUUUCAACAGUGGCAAUAGCCAAGAUUUUAUACUGUCAGAGAUGCAAGAUUUUGAUGCAAUUAUUUUCAGUCUUAUCACUACAUGUAUAUUCCUGUGUGAGCACGAAAUGAAGGAAAUUUUCUGUUAUUGUGCUCAGGAUAUGAAAAACAGUACAGAAUUAGCUAUAAUCGUGGAAAGCUAAGUUCCAAAAAACUUUCAUACUAUCUUGCUAUGGAUAAUGAGCCCCUUCAACCAUAAAUUUUGGAAGGUGAUUGGGAUAAUUGUUUUCUCACCUGAGAGUCUUCAGUGAGUAUAUGUUGUGGAGAGGCAAAGAUUUUGGAGAACAAGAAAUUGUGAACUUAUAUCAAAAUGUAAUUAUAUUGAGUAUUGAUUCAUUAAUUUUUAGAAAGGAUUGAAAUUUGUUGGAUCAUGGUUAUAUGUAGGGCCUAGCUGAAGUUCGAAUGUUAAAUUUUGCAGGGAUAUAGUCUGUAGUGUUAAAGGAAAAGGAUGUUUUUAUGCCUAGUUAUAUCAAAGACCAGGAGUUGGAGAUUGCAGACGAGUAUUGAUAUUUACCCUUGUUGUGUCUGUAGUUCGUCUCUUACAGAGUAUGGAAAACUUCUGGUGUUUACAAAUGUUUAAUUUUGUUACGACAGAGAAACCCUUACCUGUAGAAUACUAGAAAUUUAAAAUAUCCUGAAAUAGUCUAAUCAAUAAAAUGUACAAAUUCAUGAAAUUACAGACUCUGAAAUAUGGCCUUACAUAUAUACACUGUUUGUAAGUGUAAAGUAAAAGCAUGGGAAGAAAAAUAAAGGAGGAGCAUGUUAUUGUGGCAGUGAAAUCCUGCUCUGGCUCUUCAGUAUGUUUGGUUGGAGAUUUUGUGCAUCCGUUAGAUAACUGAUUGAUACACAGUGGUCACACACUCAGGUGUCUCUCUGCUUUGUCAAUAUAUGAUAAUAUUAGAUAAAGUGGGACGCUUCUUUCAGUUUUGGGGCAGUUUUGUGUUGCCUAGUAUUGAUCAUUGAUCCAUGGUUUAAAAAUUUGGAGGGAUUUUUCUGAUCGAGGAAAGAACUGUUUUUCCAGUAUUGGAUGACUUCUCUUUAAAUAAAGCAGAGCACGUUUGCAUGGUGGAGAUAUUAUUGCGUAAUUUCCUUGUUUAGACAUGGAGGCAAGCAAAAAUGUAGAUAAAGGAUUAAGUGGAGAAUCAGUUGAUGAAAGUGAAGGUAAUGGGACUCAGGUGGAAGUAUCAGAAAGUUCCACUCUGCUAUCCACUUCCAGUCCAAGUGGAGAAGGAAUUUUGGUCCAGGGAAGUGGAGGGAGCAAAUUCCAAGUCACACCUGCUAUUGUAGUUCAUGAAGUGGAGCCAAAUCAGAAUGGCAAGUCUACUAAAGUGGAUAUUGAAGAUGAACCUGGUGAAGAUGCCGCCCGAAACUUUGACAACAAUCCCUUGGCAAGCAAUGAUGAAUUGGAAUCUCCAUAUUCACGACAGAUGGAGCUGUAUGCUGAUGAUCUGCAUGAAAGAGGAAAAAUCUCUCAAAUUCUCAACCGAAUUGCCAAUUAUCAAGGUGGCGUGGAACCCAAUAUCAGUGAAAAUUACAAGUCUAGUCCAAAGAAGGUGAAGCUGGGAACCCUGUUAGGAGUGUACCUUCCUACCAUACAGAACAUUUUUGGAGUCCUGCUCUUUAUUCGUAUGACAUGGAUUGUGGGGAUGGCAGGAGCCUUAGAGAGUCUGGGGAUAGUGAUCAUCUGUUGUUGUACAACAUUAUUGACAGCCAUUUCUAUGAGUGCCAUAGCAACCAAUGGUGUGGUACCAGGUGGUGGAUCCUACUUCAUGAUUUCACGUGCCCUCGGGCCUGAGUUCGGAGGGGCGGUAGGGGUACUGUUCUAUCUGGGAACCUCAGUGGCAUCUUCCAUGUAUAUCAUAGGAGCAGUGGAAAUUUUAGUGAAAUUCAUAGCACCUACCUUGUCAAUAUUUGGAGAUGUAACGAUAGAAUCCAAUGCUUUUAAUGCCUACAGAAUUUAUGGCACGGUCAUUCUCUUAAUUCUGUCCGUCAUCGUAUUUAUUGGAGUGCGAUUUGUCAGCAAGUUUGCUGCUUUUUCACUGGCCUGUGUCAUUCUGUCUAUCCUCUGUAUAUACAUUGGGAUAUUUGCUGCUACAGAGGAUGAUAAUGUCAAGAUAUGUUACCUUGGUGAUCGACUACUAACAAGUGCAUUGGCAGAGACAAAUGGAGUGUUUACAUGUAGUAAGGACAACUACACAACAUUGUAUGCUACUCACUGCUUCAACAAUACCUGCGAUGACUACUUCAAUGAACACAACACCAGGGUGGUUGAUGGCAUCCCCGGGCUUGGAAGUGGAGUAUUUCAUGACAAUUUAAACAACCGUCACACACAAGAAGGCAAAAUCAUCGGAACAGAUGUCCACGGUAACAGAGCCUAUGGUGAAAUAGUGGCUGACAUCACUUCCUCUUUCAUGGUUCUGUUGGCCAUUUACUUUCCUUCAGUUACAGGUAUAAUGGCUGGUUCCAACAGAUCUGGAGACCUUGCGGAUGCCUCUCGCUCCAUUCCAGUAGGAACCAUUGCAGCCAUUUCCACCACAUCUGCAGUCUAUUUUACUUGUGUCCUUUUCUUUGCUGGUACAAUUGAGGGAGAUUUAUUGAGGGACAAAUUUGGAGAGAGUAUCGAAGGUGGCUUGGUGGUGGCUAAGCUGGCCUGGCCUAAUGAGUGGGUAAUUCUGAUUGGUUCAUUUCUGUCUACUCUUGGAGCUGGUCUUCAGAGUCUUACAGGAGCACCACGUUUGCUGCAAGCUAUUGCUAGUGACGGGGUCGUCCCCUUCCUCAAUGUGUUUGGGGUAACCACUAAGAGGGGGGAGCCAUUCCGUGCUCUUCUGUUAACAGCCCUCAUUUCAGAGUUAGGAAUUCUGGUAGCCAAUCUUGAUAUGGUGGCGCCUGUCAUUACCAUGUUCUUUCUGAUGUGCUAUGGAUUUGUCAACAUGGCAUGUGCUCUGCAGACAUUGCUGAGAACACCCAGCUGGAGGCCUCGCUUCAAGUUCUACCACUGGAUUCUCUCCCUUUUUGGCCUGGCGCUGUGUGUGUGUCUGAUGUUUAUAUCCAGCUGGUACUAUGCCUUGAUAGCCAUUGGUAUUGCUGUUUGUAUAUACAAGUACAUUGAAUACAAAGGAGCUGAGAAGGAGUGGGGCGAUGGAAUCCGAGGACUGGCCAUGUCUGCAGCUCGAUACUCCUUACUGCGGCUCCAACAAGGAACACCUCAUACCAAAAACUGGAGACCACAACUUCUAGUGUUAAUGAAGCUGGAGGAUGACCUCAGUCCCAAGUAUCCACAAAUGGUCGCAUUCGCGAGUCAACUGAAAGCAGGUAAAGGCCUGACUUUAGUGAACUCUGUGAUUGAGGGGAAAUACUUGGAGAGAUUUGCAGAUGCUCAGACUGCCAAGCAGAAAUUGUUCAGUACAAUCGAAAAGUUUGGAGUGAAGGGCUUCUCUGAUGUCUUGGUCAGUGAGAGUGUGUCUGUUGGAAUGUGCCACAUGAUUCAGAACGCUGGUUUGGGAGGACUUCGACACAACACUGUGAUGAUUGGCUGGCCGUACGGGUGGAGACAUGAUCAUAAUGAGAGAAGCUACAAGGUCUUUCUAGAUGCUGUGAAAAACAUCAAUUCGGGUCAGAUGGCUUUGCUAGCAGUAAAGGGAAUCAACUUGUUCCCAUCAUCAAAUGAAAAACUGAAAGGAACCAUUGAUGUCUGGUGGAUUGUCCAUGAUGGAGGUAUGCUGAUGUUGCUGCCCUUCCUUCUGAAGCAACACAAGACUUGGAGACAUUGCAAACUCAGGGUCUUCACUGUAGCACAACUGGAGGAUAACACUAUUCAGAUGAAGAAGGACUUGGAGAUGUUUAUGUAUCAGCUACGUAUUGAGGCUGAGGUUUAUGUGUUGGAAAUGAAUAACAGUGACAUCUCAGCGUACACCUAUGAAAGAACACUGAUGAUGGAACAAAGAACAGAAAUGUUGAAGCAGAUAAGAGUGAAGCAAAAUGUGAAAGAGGUCCAGUCAAUCCUUGAUCAGUCUCAUGUGACUCCUGUUUCCCCAACCAAGAUCAAGUUAGAACCGGUUCAGGAGGAGAGCCAGGGAGUGGAAAGUACAACAGACGAGGAGAAACUAGAAUUUCACCAAUACACGUUUACCCCUGGUGCUGCAGACAAACUCAAGUCAGCCCCCAGCUACAACGGAAAAGCCGGGGAUUACUUACAGAUCAAACCAGACAAGAAGAACAUCAGGCGCAUGCACACUGCUGUGAGACUGAAUGAGGUUAUCAUUGAGAAGUCCCAUGAAGCUCAACUGGUUAUCCUCAAUCUUCCAGCCCCACCCAAGUCUGAGGCGGGUGAGCUAAACUUCAUGGAAUACUUGGAAGUGUUAACAGAGGGUUUAGACAGAGUACUGAUGGUUCGAGGAUGUGGAAACGAGGUCAUCACCAUCUACUCAUAAAGUUGCCAUUCAAUUUAAAGACUUGUGUGGGUAAAUCCACAAGGCUAAAAUACAUGAAAAGACAUUUUUUGACUGUUUAACAUGAACUUAUACUUCUAAAGGUAUUUUUUAGGACAAUAGGGGGCUUUUAAGAAAAAUUCUGACAAAAUGGAUCAGAGGCAAGUGUUUAAUCAAAAUACACAUUUUCAUAGUAUUAUACAUGUAUCUGUAUGUAUUUUUUUAUUUGUAUUUUUCAUAUGUAUGUGAUAUAAGGGCCAAAGGUAUUAGUUACAUUAGUGGAAAAAUGAGACAUAUCAGUUGAACUGAUUGGUUUUUUUAUUUGACCUUUUUUCCCUUUGAAUUUGAAUCUUAGAAGCCAAAUAAUUGUUUAUUUUCCAAAUAUGAACUACUUUGAUAAUGAGUCACUGUCCAUGUAUCUAUUCCCACCUUACUAAUUUUUAUAUGAUCUGCAGGUGUUAGGAGAAUAUUUCAGGAGUAGGUGCUAGUUAAAUAGAUAGCAAUAGAAAAUUUUGUUAAAAUUAAUGAUGAAUUUUUGUAUUUGCCAUAUCAUAUCGAAUAUUGACCAUUUGAACUGGAUGAUUGUAAAAUAUGGUCAAUUUACUUUGUACAAAAACACAGUCGGGGGGGGGGGGGGGGGGGGGGGGGGGGGGGGGGGGGAAUAUAUGUAAUGUACAUAUAUAUUUAAAAUUUUACUAGGUUAUGUAAAAUGUGCAGCAAGUCUUAAUAGUUCCUGUGAACACAUACGGGUGUGGGAACAUUUAUACAUGACAAAGUUUUUUGAAUAUCACAAGAAAAGUAGAUCAGUAGAAAUGGGUAUUAUGAAUUAUUUGUUUUUACUAAGCAAUGUUAGCUUGCUGUCUAUAAAGUUUACUGGCAGUCUUUGUUGUGUAUUUCUGUAUUAUGUAUACAGGCUCAGGAUGUUUUAACUGCUUAUCAAUAUAUGUUUUAUUUAGACACCUGACACUUUUUUAGUGAUGUAGGCAAUCAUAUAUACUUGUAUACAUGUACAUGUAUCAACUGUCUCAUAUGUACAUUUAUAUGUACAUGUAUUUAAGGUUGUACCAAGCCAGUUCAGUAGGUAAUACACAUUGACCAAAUUUCUGAAAAGAAAAAUAUAGAUUUUAAAUGUACUCAAUAUUUUUGUACAAUGUUUGAGAGACUAUCGGGAUUCAGUCAUUAAUUUAUUCCAUGUUUCUAGUCGAUUUCAUUAAACUUCAGCACAUGGAAUAUUUCUUUUUUAUUUUACUUUUGAAAUCAUGGUGCUGUUUAUAUUGCCUGUUGACAAUUAACUUGAUAUCUGUUCAAAGGGGAAUUUAUUUUUUUAGAUAUUUUGUGUUUUUGCCAUAGAUUUACAUUAUUUUUUGCAUUUCCUGUUUACAUUUGAUGUAGAACAACAUGUCUGGUCGAGUUAAAAUGAGACAAAUUGGGUUACUAUAUUAUGAAAGAGUAAACAAUAUUAGUUGAUAAAAUUGUUUUUAAGGAUUUCAGAUUUAAUUAUUGGUUUUUGAUGAAUUCGUAGGUAUUAAUGUGAAUUGAUUAAUUGCUUGAAAUACAUGAAUUGAAUGUUGGAUUUCUUUCAUCAUGAUCCAGUGAUGGAUAAACACAGUUGAAGUUUAAGUAAAUGGUGUGCACACACAGUGUCUGAGCACGAUAAUGAAGCAUUAACAGUACAAAUACUUGCUCUAAUCCAAUUUCUCCUGACAAUCCCUUUAAAUAGACUUGCAUAGGCUGAGUCAGUUGAUGAAUCCUUAUAUAAUUUACAUAACAAAUUACUUUUCAAACAUUAUAUAUUUUAUGACAGUUAAGUUUAUGAGCAACUUGAGAGAUGUUUUAAUAAUUCAACUGUCUACACUGAUAAAUGCAUACUUCUCUAGUAAUAUUGAUAUUGGUUUCAGGUUUUAAAAUUUAGUGAAAGUCUAUAUUAUAGAUACCCCAUUAAUACACAUACGACAAUCUUCUAUCAAUAUCAAUAUGCCACUGAAACACGGUAAUCAUUCAUCUUUGAAAAAAGUGGACUACAAUAGCUCCUCAUAUUGCACACCAUGCAUUGAACGCCCCAUUUGUUAACCAAUUUUCCACCGUUUCUGUUUGUAUUGGGUUCUUUCUCAGACUGCUGUCGAUUUAGCUUGUGGAUUGACAAUGUUACCAUUCAAAAUGCCAUUUUAGAAGAAAUUUAGAUAUGAAGUACUUCCCAGUAAUAUUUUGAAAUUGACACCAAAGAGAGAGAAAAGAUUUGUUUGCCAAAAAAAAAAUAACAUCUCUACGGGGAAGUUCAAUAGCUAAACAUUUUUAAUAACUCAUUGUACUUUAUACAGGAUAAACUUCUUCCUUUAUUAAAUACAUUGAAUGGGAUAAAAAUCUUAAACAAAAUCCUAAUUAUAGUAAAAAAUGAUUUCAGAACUGAAAAUACUUUGAUAUUACAAUAAGAUUAAUAUUCAUACUAUUUAGAUAUCUUAAAUAUUGAGUGUUUAUGAUUAUGUUUAUUCAUUGAAACAAUGACAAUAUUACAAAAAGAUGCCAAUUACUAUAUAAUGGAUUCAAAUAUUUUUUCGUCUUUAAUACUUUUGAAAUAUUUAUUCUUGUAUAUAGAUAGUAAAUUGGUUUAUUGACAGUCAAGUAGUACCUAUAAUAAACUACUACCCAGAAAUGUGUUCCAAACUGAAAGUAGCUGUUCAUUGAGAUACUAAUCUAGGGCAGCAUGUUGGCUGGUACCAGUUUUUGAUUAGAACUAUAAUGGCUACAGAAGGACAUGUCUUGUACUUAAUAAAAUGUUAUAUUGUUAAAGAGUUUUCCAUGAAAAUUCUCUCAUGUAUGUUACAAAGUUAAGUAAAAUUUUAAAUGGUAGGUAUCUUUCAUUCCCUGAGAGAAUAUCAUUUUGUCAUUGUUCUGAGGAAAUGUUUCAGGUUUGAAUCGUAAAUUAUUAUCAAGACUUGUUGAUAAAAUGCAGUAAAUUGAUUUUUGUCUCUUAGUUUUCACAAGUACAUUGUAGCAGUUGUUGGGUGCAGAUGAGACCAUAUUUUAAGCUAAUAAACUGUUGCAUGCUGGAAAAGGACAGAAUUUUUAGAUAUUAAUGAUUUAAUCAAGUGCAAUUUGAUGUCUGUGAUUGUGGUAAUUUAUUUUAUGGAGCAAUGAAUAUUAAUGAUAUCAGAGUGAAUAUAGAUUUAGGUCUGUUUUCCGAGAUGCAGUGAAUAAAAUCUAUUUGCUUA